AUCAACUUGACUGGGUCAUACAAUCAUUCUCUACCCUAUCAUUUGUCCGUCAUCUAAACAUCUUUCAACCAGCCGUAUCUCUUACCCAUGAUAUACGAUUAUACAUGUAUGUUGAACACAUUUCAGUGUCUGAAUGAAUGUGAAUUCGAAAUGAGCAAAUCAAUGGAGAAGAGGCUUCGCUCGUCGCUGCAAUCCUCCGCCGAAGAGUUCCUCUCGUCAGCGACGAAACUAGGGUUUAAGUCCGCAAAACCCUAUCUCAAAACCCUAAUUCACAGCCUCAAUCCUUCCUCUGAACUCUCUUCUUCACUCCCUCUCUCUCUCCACCACUCCGUUUCUCAAUCCAUCAAUCGCUUCAAGGAAUUCUUCAAUGGCGACCCUUCCAAGUCUCCGAAAUCUCCUCCAACGAAGCGCCUCCGAAGAUCUUCGCGACGAGCGAAGAACACUGAUGAGUCGAGUUCGAACGAUCGCGAAGCUAACAGGCAAUGGGUGGUUCAGAAGCUUCAGAUUUACUCUUAUGUGGCUCUUCUGUGUGUUUCGCAUCCGAAGAAGGUGUUUUCGCCCUCCGAUUUGUUGCCUGCGGUUCGCGAAUUGCACGACAAUUUGAUUCUUUUCGAGUCGGAUUCGGUUUUGCUGUCAGAGAUCGCGAGUUUGUGUGAGGAGUGGUGGAAAGGAGAGUUCUUAGGGAGAGAAACCCUAAUUUCGCAGUCGUUGCCGGUUUUGGUGUCGAGGUCAUUGACAUUGAAGAAGAAGGUGGAUGUGCAUAGAGUGUAUGUGCUUCGCGAGGCUUUUACUUUGUUUGAUUUCGAAGAUGAGAGCAUUGAAGAUUUGAAGCUUUUGCUUGUAAGGUGUUUGAUCGCACCGUUGUAUCUGAAGACAGAGGAUGGGAGGAAAUUCAUUGCGUUUAUGUUUGGGUUGAGUGGGCAGCUGUUGAAGGAAGCGUUGGCGAUGAUUCGAUCACAGAUUCCGUUUGGGAGGAAGUCAAUGUUGGAGGCCUAUGCGGAUAUUGUGUUCCGGGCUUGGAAGGUGGUUGAGGGGCCUUUGCGGAACGAAAUUGAGAAUGGGUUUUUGCAGGGGUUGAUUGAGGGUGCUAUAUAUGCUAGCUCAGCUUCAUUUGCUGCCUCGAUAAGGAAGGUUUUGGGGGGAUUUAUUAACCAGCGAACCACGGAUGGUGUUGAGAAACUUCUCUUUCGUCUUGCUGAGCCUGUCAUAUUUCGAUCACUACAGGUU